AGCUGAAUAGUAUUCUGAUGUGAAGUCAACACGAUCACACAACGAAGUCAACACGACGAUUCGGAAGAACUGUUAGUUUAUUGCUUGAUCGCUAUCGCAGUAAAUUGGACUAUUUAUGUUACUGGUGAGAAACUUUACUCAAGUUUAACGUUAUCCCUUACAUCGGUGUGUAUGUGAGAGCAUCAAAGGUGAUCUAAGUGAUUGCUAAGAACUGUUGCAUCGAUUGAGAGUGACGGAGCCACUGAGGAGGAAUCCAGAUAGCGCUCCUAAUCGCCGAGUGGUUAGGAGUUCCUCUGGCGUCGCGGGAACAUCACAGAGCUUCCUAAAUGAUGAUGGUUUCAUGUGGAUCGAUCUGACGGGUGACGGGAAUCGUUAACCCUUGCCAUUUACAUUCAGGUACCCUUUGUUUAUUUUAUUUGAGCUCUUAUUGAGUGAAGCGGCCAUUUUACGUUUCAUUCGGCCUCAACGCACACAAGCAACGUUUCAGGCCUGCAACGGGGGGGUGUGUGUGCGUGCGUGUGUGUGUGUGUGUGGGCCCACAAUAAGUUGUUUAUUUUGAAUUAGUGGAAGAUAUAACGGUUUCAUACUCUGUGAUUCAUUGGGUAUAUUAAUCAAGGGUUACAGCUUAUAUUCUUGACUGAAACUGAAGUUCAUUUACAUAGGCCUACUUUAUUUAUGUACUGAGUUUACAUAGCUAUACCAGAAUUUCAGUGGUAUGUUGAUUUACACUUAGUGAAAACAAAUUUGUACUUUGUGUAUAAUUUGAGUUAAUUUAAAGGAGAAUCAUUAGCCUUAUUUCGAUGGAAGUUUAAAAGGUUAACCCUUUAAGUGCCUAUUGUUGUGUAUAGAAGAGUAAAUUAAACACUGCAUUUGAAAAUUGUAAUUUAUUCAGAAGUUGGUUGAAUUCAUAUUUAAUUUGAUUUGAUUUUUGUUAAUUAUUUCUGUUUAUUUUUUCCCUUUUAAAUAAAUCCAUUGUAUAUUUCAGUUAUAGUGUGGUCACUUUAAUGGAGCAGAUAGGUAGCUGUGGUUGAUUGAUAGUAGUUUUGCAGAGAUCUAAGUUGCACUUUGCAAGAGGUGGUGUGGAACCAAGGGUCACAGAUUGAUUGUAAUAUCAUGUCGAUUGGCAAAUAAACGAAUCUGGGUUCAAGCGUCCAGCAUUCCGAAGGAUAGAUACAUCUAGGACAGCAGGGGGCGCUUCAUAAAGUGGGGGCUCGUCCGGGAUUGAUCCUUGUUCAGUAUACUGCCUGAAAAUCAGUAAAUUGCUAAGAGAGUAUUGCUUGCAGAAAAGUUUAGUUUAUGUGGAUCAGGCAAUUAUGGAUGUUGAUUACUCUGUCUUACAAGCUGAACUUGACAAUUGGUGUCAGAAAGCAAUAAUUGAUCAGAAACAUGAUGUGCUACUGUUGGGAGUGCCUGCGGAUGUGGAGGGGCCACUCAUUGAGGAAACUAUGCAAACAGUCAAAGCUUUGGGAAGAGUGAGAGUCAGGGAUUGUAAAGAAGGGCCUACUCCAGGGUUUUUACUUGUGCUAUGUAAGUGUAAAGAAGUGGUUGAUCCUUCUCGCGUGCCUGAAGAAGUGAUACCUGAAGGGGGUGGGGCACCUUGGAAGAUGAUUGUAGCGAAAAGUGCUGAGGCCGCGCCUGCUGGGUUUGCUGAGAAACUAUCAAAGCUGUUAACACAAGAAGGAAAGUCUUUCACUGAUCUUCAAGCUAUGUUUUCGACGCCCAGCUCUAAUGCAGGUUCUCCAGAAGCAAUAAUCCGUGCGGUGGGUGAAUUGCUCAAAAAAACCUCAAAACCUGUCAGUGAUGGAGGUGCAUACCGACGUUUGAGGAUCUUUUCAGGUACUGUUCCUACUCCAACAGGGGAAGAGGCCUUGGAGAGUUGGAUGGAUCAAGCUAGAAUGAUGAUCGUGGAGUGUGAAUGCUCAGACAAAGAGAAGCGCCGACGUAUCAUUGAGAGCUUGAAGGGUUCAGCCCUGGAUGUUGUGAAGGCUAUAAGAUUUUCAAGCCCAGAUGCAACUUCUCUUCAGUAUCUCGAGGCUUUGGAGGGAGCUUUUGGAACUCCUGAAUCAGGAGAAGACUUAUAUUUUGCUUUCAGAUUACUGAGGCAGAAUCCUGGUGAAGCUCUUUCUGAUUUCUUGAAGAGAAUGGAGAAAUCUCUGACCAAAGUAGCACAAAAAGGUGGGUUACCCUGGAAGAAUUUGGACCAAACAAGAGUUGAGCAGCUAAUUCGGGGAGCUGUUGAAUCUGACUUGUUGUUGCUCCAGCUGAGAUUGAGGGAGAGACGAGAAAAGCCACCUACUUUUCUAACUCUUCUGAAUGAGAUAAGGGAGGCUGAAGAAAGCGAAGCUGCCAGACAUAGUCUGGGUUUCACUGUAAAGCCAGUUCCCCGGCCACGAGAGAGACAGAGUAGUUCGGCUGUAGUGAGAGAAUUGAAAGCUGAGAUUGAAGAGCUGCGGACAAAAGUGGCAGAAGGACCUUCUAAAGUAAUUGUGCCAGAGGUGAUGUUGGAGUCAAAGCCCAUACCAAGUAGGAGAGGGGGUGACACAUCAGUGGAUCCAGAAGUACACUCACUAAAGAAGCAGGUGCAAAGACUAGAAGAGCAGUUAGCUUCACUGAGUGUUAGGCAUUUGCCACAGACGACAAGAGAUCCACGAUCACUGGAGGAAGCUGAUACUUCUGUGAAACCUAGAUUUGAAAAGGCUAAAGAAGAUUACUUCUGUUACAAAUGUGGGGAAGAUGGCCACAUUGCUCCGAAAUGCAAAGCUCCUGAGAAUUACUGUCUGGUGAUACAGAAGCUUGUGCGAUCAUUACGGAAGGCUAGAAACGAAAGAACGGAUCAGAGUAAUAUUAAACACACCAGUGAUAAAGCCAGCUUUUCCCGCAAAAGCCAGACAGUUGUGGUUGAGAAAAGUAGUCUUCCUGUAGGGUUGGUGGGUCCAGCUCUGACGAUCACUAUGAAGAUCAAUGGUCAGCCCUGUGGAGCCUUACUAGAUAGUGGAUCGCAGGUCACUAUCAUCUUUGAGCCAUGGUACUCUGAAAACCUGUCAUCAGUACUCAUUCAGCCUCUGUCUGGUUUGUCUAUUUGGGGCCUUAGCACAGCUAGUUAUCCCUACAAGGGAUAUGUCUUGGUGGAUGUUUCUUUCCCUGCUUCUGUCAUGGGCGUGGAAGAGACUGUUUCCAUUCUUCCAUUGGUUUGUCCAGAGCCUGAAGGGCCUAAACAAGUGCCUGUGAUCAUUGGGACAAAUGCAAGUUUUUUCCAACGUCUGAUUGGACUUGGCACAAUGGUCAUAAGACAGAGGAAGCACACACAUUAAGGAUUCA